UCCCUCAGUUUCUUCUCGAAAACUCAAUCCUCAAAUCUUUCUUUUUUAUGGUAUCAAUCUCUCUCUAGGUCUUGAUUUAUUUGAUCAGAAGUUCGACCUUUGGAAUCCAUGGCGGAGGUUUUGGGCAGGAGCGGCGUGUUCUCGCUGCGCGGGCACCGUUCCGUGGCCCCUUCUUGCCAGAAGAGGAGCCCUUCUUUUCUUGGGUUUCCUCUCUCAUCCUCUCGGCCGAUCGGGCCUCCUAGGUCGUCUUCUCGGAGAUUUGUUAUCGGGACUCGGAGAGGGAGGUCCAUCAAGGGAAAUUCUAGCUCUUCCCGUGUACAGAUGAGCCUCGGCGUUGGAAAGUCAUUGAAGUGGUGGGAGAAGGGUGUGCAGCCCAACAUGAAGGAGAUUGGAUCGGCCCAGGAUCUUGUUGACUCCUUAUUGAAUGAAGGAGACAAGCUUGUUAUCGUAGAUUUCUUCUCCCCUGGUUGUGGAGGCUGCAAAGCCCUCCAUCCAAAGAUUUGCCGGAUUGCGGAGAUGAACCCACAUGUUCUCUUCCUCCAAAUAAACUAUGAGAAGCACAAGUCCAUGUGUUAUAGCUUGCAUGUUCACGUUCUCCCCUUUUUUAGGUUUUACCGGGGAGCUCACGGUCGCCUUUGUAGCUUCAGCUGCACCAAUGCAACUAUUAAGAAAUUUAAAGAUGCAUUGGCCAAACACACCACAGACAGAUGCAGCCUUGGGCCAACAAAGGGGCUGGAAGAAUCAGAGCUUGUGGCUCUGGCUGCAAACAAGGAUCUCUCCUUCAAUUACACAAGAAAACCGGUUCCUGUUCUCACACCAGACGAGGCUGCAGAGAAAGUUCCUCUUAGCCCAAAACUUCCAGUGUCUUCAGCCCCAAGAGUCAUCAAAGAUUCUGAGGACAAGGCCCUCGUUGCAGCUGGGACAUGAGAUAAUGGUUUAUGAAAUCUUUCUCCCCUCUUCCUUUCCGUUGUACAGCUCUCUUCUUGUUUGGUUGUACACUGCAGUUAUCGGUGAGGGAUCGCUGGGAGGUCCUUCUGUGUAUAUGUUCUAUGGAUGCAGCAGUGCAGGCUUGUCCCUGUUUUUGUUUCAAAGCCUGCUGAGUAUUUCUGUAAUUGGAGAUGAAGAGGGAAGGUCUGUUUCCUUGCUUGAGGAAUUGAAUACUCUUUGUUGAUGUGUUUCUUUGAUACUAAAAUGUCUCUCCUUUAUCCAGAAAUUCAUAUCAUUUUUCUGUGAA